AUGAGCACCUUCCCGAACAACUUCAUCAACCUGAGCUUCCUGAGGCUGUUCCGAGCAGCACGUCUCAUCAAGCUCCUCAGACAGGGGGAGACCAUACGGAUCCUUCUGUGGACCUUCGUCCAGUCCUUCAAGGCGCUGCCCUACGUGUGUCUGCUGAUCGCCAUGCUCUUCUUCAUAUACGCCAUCAUCGGCAUGCAGUUGUUUGGUAAUCUCGCCCUGGAAGCGGUGGGGGAGGGGGCCGUCAACGAGCACAACAACUUCAGGACCUUCAUCAUGGCUCUGAUGCUGCUGUUCAGGAGUGCGACGGGCGAGGCGUGGCAUGAGAUCAUGUUGGCCUGUCUCGGGGGGAAGGAGUGUGACAAGCUGUCUGGGAACCCUGAGCCAGAGUGUGGCAGCACCUUCGCCUACACCUACUUCGUCUCCUUCAUCUUCCUCUGCUCCUUCCUGAUGCUGAACCUGUUUGUGGCCGUCAUCAUGGACAACUUUGAGUACCUGACACGGGACUCGUCCAUCCUUGGGCCGCAUCACUUGGACGAGUAUGUAAGAAUAUGGGCUGAAUACGACCCUGCAGCCUGCGGGCGCAUACAUUAUAAGGAUAUGUACAGUUUAUUACGGGUUAUCUCCCCUCCCCUGGGCCUUGGCAAGAAAUGCCCACAUAGGGUGGCCUGCAAGAGGCUGCUGCGCAUGGAUCUGCCGGUUGCCGAUGACAACUCAGUCCACUUCAACUCCACCCUCAUGGCGCUGAUCCGCACGGCGCUGGACAUCAAGAUCGCCAAGGGCGGUGUGGACAAGCACCAGAUGGACGCUGAGCUGAGGAAGGAGAUGAUAGCGAUCUGGCCCAACCUCUCCCAGAAGACCCUGGACCUGUUGGUUACCCCGCACAAGUCAGCCACAGACUUGACGGUGGGCAAGAUCUACGCAGCCAUGAUGAUCAUGGAGUAUUACCGCCAGAGCAAGACUAAAAAGCUCCAAGCUCAGCGAGAGGAACAGAACCGAACGCCAUUAAUGUUUCAGCCCAUGAAGCCAGCCUCAGAGGAAGGGGGCACCGACACUCAGGGGGGUCCCGUGGUGGUCCAGAGCCUCCCCCCUGCUGACCCUGACAACGUCAAUGGCAUACCUCCAGAGGGGGGUAUGACAGAGAGCCAGUCCUGGGCUACAGUCAAAGCCCAGGAGGUCUUCCAGAAGACGGGCAGUUGGAGUCCAGAUCGGCCCUACCCUGACGAUCCCCAUGACAACCGUCACAACUCCCAGACAGUAGAGAUGAGGGUGAUGGGGCGGGAUGGGCACUCUGACACGGAGCCCUCCUACCCAAUGGAUGGGCAUGGGAGGACCCACUCCAUGCCCCGCCUCUCGGCAGACAACCAACGGAGGAGACACAAGCCUCGUGGAAAUAAUCUCAGUACCAUCACGGACACCAGCCCCAUGCGCCGCUCCACCUCCAGCCUGGUGCACGGGCGCUCCGGCCGGGGUGUGCGUCUGGACGAAUACUCCCUGGAGCGGGUGGUGUCGGAGGAGGGCCGCCACAGUGGGGGCGGCGGAGGGGGGCAGCGCCGCCACCGCGACCGCAGCGACCGGAGCCACCGGACGUCGCAACGCUCGCUCACCAGAUACACCGACGCAGACACAGGCCUGGGCACCGACCUCAGCACCACCACCCAGUCGGCGGAGCUGCCUCCCAAGGAGCGUGAGAGGGAGCGGGGCCGGGCCAAGGACCGCCGGCACCACCACCACCACCAUCACCACCACCAUGGCUCCGUGGACAAGGAGCGCUACGACCGCCAAGACUACCCCCACCGGCAGCCACACGACCGCGACCGCGACCGCAACUGGUCCCGCUCCCCCAGCGAGGGGCCCGACGGGCGGGGCGGCCGACAGGGCAGUAGUUCCGUAAGCGCCAGCCCGGUCCCCUCCACCUCGGGGACCAGCACGCCACGCCGUGGCCGCCGCCAGCUGCCGCAGACCCCCGCAGUGCCCAGGCCUCACGUCAACUACUCCCCGGCCGUCCGCAAGCCCGCCUACGGGGCCCCGGGCCCCGGGGGUCGCCUGCGCUCACCGUCCCCCCGCCACUUCUCCCCGCCCGACCAUGAGCGGGCCUACCACCACCGGCCGGCGUCCUGCUCGCCGCGCUCCACGCGUCACCAGUCGCCCCGCUCGCCGCGCCACGGCUCCCCGCGCUCCCCCCACCGGGGCCGCUGGAGCGGGCCCCCGCCCGGGGACGGCCCCGAGGGGGACGGACCCUUCUACGAGCGGGACUACGAGUACGAGCGCCACCACGAGCCCCCCGCCUACGAGCAGAGCCUGUCCCAUGGCAACCCGCACCCCCGCACCCCCAGGACUGCCCGCCAUGGGCCCCCGCCGCCCCCCGGCCCCCCACCCCACCCGCACCCCCGCCGGGUCCCCAACGGCUACCGCUCGUCCUCCACCUCGCCGCACCGCCGGGGCCCUCCGGGGGGGGCGGCCCCGCACCCUCACCACCGGCCCCCGCACGCCCGCGGGCCCCCUAGGGGCCCCCACGAACCCUACAGCGAGACGGACGAGGACGACUGGUGCUAG